UGAAAACUGAUUCUGUCUUUUCGUAAAAAUGGACACGUUGAUUUGUCGAGAAACUUACGGAUCUCGGUCGGAUCCAAGGGAUUAUAUGUGCAAUAAUGAUGGUAAAAUAUUAGAGUCACGAUCUUCUAAUAGAGGACUGUCAUCUUUGCUCCACUUUUUUCGGGUAGUGUUUCUCCCUCAAGGCUAUCCAGACAGUGUGAGCAAAGACUACUUAGAAUAUCAGAUCUGGGACACUGUACAGGCUUUUAGUAGCAGCAUUACUGGGACUCUGUCUACCCAUGCCAUGCUGAAAGGUGUAGGAGUAGGUGACGAGACAGCUUCUGCUGCUGCUGCUACAAUCACAUGGCUACUAAGAGAUGGAACAAGUAUGACUGGUAGAAUUGCGUUUGCAUGGUAUCAAGGGUCAAGCCUGGAUAGUGAUGCUAAAAGAUGGAGAUUGUUUGCAGACAUCAUGAAUGAUGCAGCACUCUGUAUAGAGCUCAUUUCAGUAUUCUUUCCUCAAUACUUUGUCAUCAUUGCAUGCAUGUCAUCAUUGUUCAAAUCUAUGGUUGGUGUUGCUGGAGGAGCAACAAGAGCUGCACUCACCAUGCAUCAAGCUCGGAGAAACAACAUGGCUGACGUAUCCGCUAAAGAUGGUUCUCAGGAAACAUUGGUGAAUUUAGCAGCUCUUUUUAUAGGUCUCAUCAUCACUCCAAUGGCAUCAAAAAACAUCCUACUGACAUGGACACUUUUCUUCCUCUGUACCUGUCUCCAUCUCUAUGCCAAUUACCGGGCAGUGACUUGCGUUGUCAUGGAAACCUUGAACCAGACCAGGUUCCACAUCCUAGUCCAAGACUACCUCCACAGCUCUCAUGUCAGUAUGUGUGGACCUGAUGCAGUUAAUAGGAAGGAACCUGUUAUAUGGAGACUUACAAGACCUCUAAAGCUUAACCUUGGUAUACCAUUCAACAGAGUAGCCAAAAGCAUGAGAGAUCUUGAGAUGUGUUUAAAAAGCAAUGGAGAGGAAAGGUUUCUAUUAAGUUUGGACAUGAAGAAAGGUUGUAUUGAUAUUGUGAUCCAUCAUGAUAGUACAUCAGAAGAUGUCCUUAAAGCUUGUCUCCAGGCUGAGAUCAUCAUGUAUACAACAUUCCAUCUCCAUGCCAACAGGGUUUCUGGUGACAGUUUAUCCAGAGAACUAACAGAUAUCUUAGAAAGAGGUGUGUAUAUGAGCAGAGACAAUGCUUGGCAGGCAGUCAAGGUUUCCGGCCAGAUUUGUAACAAACUCUUCCCAAGGUUCCUCCAUGACCUAGGUCAAGCUGGUUGGGUCAAAGGUCAUUCACAGAUGGGUGCGGAUGAAUGGAGAGCGACGUGGAAUAUGAAUGGGAUCGAUGCAAGGAAAGUCUUCUGAGUAACUGAACGAAAGGCCAUCACAAGACGAGGGCCAAGAAACACAAGGCUUAUUAGUGAUUGAUUGUGCAGUUGAAUUGUUUUAUUGAUUGCAAUGUAUGUUCAAUGCAAUCACUUGUAAAAUUCAAUAUGUUGAUUACUAUGCUGUGUGUUACAGGGUCCAAAUUCACAGGUGACAGGGGCAGGCAUAUGGAUAUCCAUGAAGAAAAGUGCAAACUUAAGAAAAUCACGUUUUUAUCUGGUAGGGAUUCUGUCAGGAUUAUCCCCCUUGACCAAAUAUGAGCUUCAGAGAUGACUAGACAUGAUGAAAAUCUUGCUUUGAAGAGCAGUAUACCCCAGUUUCCCUCAUCAAUUCUCUUCUCCCAGUACUACAAA